AUGCCACCGCCACCGAAUACCAAGAAAGGCUAUGAGCACCUCGAGCGGUUGGAGUGGCCGGAAGAUCUGCUAGGUCCAAAUUACUGGAAACCCAAUUCUACCCUCAUAUCGGAGCUAUCGCAGGAUUUCAAAGGAAAAGUAGGUCGCGUUACGGAAUCAUGCAUACGUUUCUACCAGAAAGUCAACCACCAGCAAGCACCGAUGAUCAGUGGCGACAAGAAUGACCCGGAUGCUAUUCAUGCUCUGCAAUUUGCGAUGAAUCGUCAAGACGAGCUUGAAAAAGCGAUCGAAUCGCCCAACGAGCAUCCGACUCAGCCACUCUUGUUGUGGCUAUACGAACGCAAAAGAUCUUUGGUCAAGGCGAUGCAAGCUGUUGUGGUUGCUGAGGAGGGCGAGAUGUACGAUUUGGCAAACAAGGAACCCUGGAAGGCGAAGCUCGCGGACAUGACGAGUGAACACGUUGAACACCUAAGGUUCAUCUUCCGUACCGUGAUGGCCAGAAUUGACAUCGUGCUGGGGGAUAAGGCGAAUGUUAAGAGCGAGAAAAUUCAGCCAACCCCCAGAGUAGCCAUUGUACAGCCUGGGGUGACGGGGAUCAAUUUCCCAACCGCACCAUCCGUCUCGUUCUGGAAGAUAGACAAUUCGCUGAUGGAGAACUCAACAUUGGAGAUGCGCCAGGCAGCAUUGGCAACGUAUCACCAAGGCCGAGUAAUGAGUGCAGGUAGAAACAAUAUCCCAGUCACUGAACCAAAGCCCUUACCCCCUGUGUUCAAUGUCACCGUGCGAGCUAUGAGCCUCACAAUCCGUAGUAUCGACUUGGUGUGGGUUGAAAGACAAGGGGGUUUGCCCAAGGCAAAAGAGCGAAGGCUUCUCGCUUGGCUUCGGGAAAGGAAAAAUGCCGCUGUCGAUCUCCGGUUCGCCUUCAUAGAGUUUCACCUCCCAUUAGAAUUGCACCGACGCACUGUUCAGAUUGAUAAUUUUGGUCUGAUAUUCGUGUCGAAAAAGGGCAAGUACUCGGAGUGGGGAAGGUUGUUUCUCUUGUAG